GCAUUACUAUUACAUCCCCUCCACCUCGGAUCAUCAGGCAUUAGAUCCCGGAGGCUGGGGACCCUUGGUGUAGAACCAUGGAGUCUGGGAGCCUCACCCCAUCCCUCCUCUUACAUCCCACAGAAAUCAGGGGGAAAUGGCCCACACCUGCCGUGGCACCAUCAACCUGUUCACCGCGCACUUCGACACGGAGGACUCUUGCGGUAUCGUGCUGACCAGUGGGGGCAGGACCUACCACCUCAAGGCCGGCUCGGAGGUGGAGCGGCAGCAGUGGAUCACCGCCCUGGAGCUGGCCAAGGCCAAGGCUGUCCGCAUGAUGAGCAACCAGUCAGAUGACUCUGGGGACGACGAGGACGGGACUCCCUCCCCAGCCGACAAGAGUGAGCUCCACGGCACCAUCAGGAGUCUCUCGCUGAAGCUGGACGACCUCGGCACAUGCAAUGAGCUCGUGGCCAAGCAUGGAGUGGCCCUGCAGCGCUCCCUGAACGAGCUGGACGGCCUCCGCGUCCCGGCCGAGAGCGGCGAGAAGCUGAAGGCGGUCAGCGAGCGGGCCACCCUCUUCCGCAUCACGUCCAAUGCUAUGAUCAACGCCUGCAGGGACUUCCUGGAGCUAGCGGAGACGCACAGCCGGAAAUGGCAGCGCGCCCUGCAGUAUGAGCAGGAGCAGCGCGUCCACCUGGAGGAGACCAUUGAGCAGCUGGCCAAGCAGCACAACAGCCUCGAGCGCGCCUUCCGCAGCGCCCCAGGCCGGGCCGCCAACCCCAGCAAGAGCUUCAGCGAGGGAAGCCUCUUAACCAGCAGAGGCGAGGACAGCGAGGAGGAUGAGAACACCGAGUACUUCGACGCCAUGGAAGACUCGGCGUCCUUCAUCACCGUGAUCACCGAGCCCAGCGAGGACAGAAAAGCUGAGCCAGGGACUACAGGCUCCGUGGAAUGGACCGCAGACAACAUGCUAGAUGAUGCCUCACUUGUGCCCCAGGGGCCUCCCAAAGUCAAGAGGCGUGUCCGCAUCCCCGACAAGCCCAACUACAGCCUUAAUCUCUGGAGCAUCAUGAAGAACUGCAUCGGCCGGGAGCUCUCCAAGAUCCCCAUGCCGGUGAACUUCAACGAGCCCCUGUCCAUGCUGCAGCGGCUGACGGAGGACCUGGAGUACCACCAGCUGCUGGAUAAGGCGGCGCGCUGCUGCAGCGCGGCGGAGCAGAUGUGCCUCGUGGCCGCCUUCUCCGUGUCCUCCUACUCCACCACUGUGCACCGCAUCGCCAAGCCCUUCAACCCCAUGCUGGGUGAGACCUUCGAGCUGGACCGACUCGAGGACAUGGGCCUGCGCUCCCUCUGCGAGCAGGUGAGCCACCACCCGCCGUCCGCUGCGCACUACGUCUUCUCCAGGCACGGCUGGAGCCUCUGGCAGGAGAUCACUAUCGCCAGCAAGUUCCGGGGGAAAUACCUCUCCAUUAUGCCACUAGGUGCUAUCCACUUAGAAUUCCAGGCCAGUGGGAAUCACUACGUGUGGAGGAAAAGCACCUCGACUGUGCAUAACAUCAUCGUGGGCAAGCUCUGGAUUGACCAGACAGGGGACAUUGAGAUUGUGAACCACAAGACACAGGACCGGUGUCAGCUCAAGUUCCUGCCCUACAGCUAUUUCUCCAAAGAGGUGGCCCGGAAGGUGACAGGAGUGGUGAGUGACAGCCAGGGCAAGGCCCACUAUGUGCUGUCAGGCUCCUGGGACGAACAGAUGGAGUGUGCUAAGAUCGUGCAGAGCAGCCCCAGCAGCCCCAGCUCAGACGGGAAGCAGAAAACCGUGUACCAGACGCUGCCGGCCAAGCUGCUGUGGAAGAAGUACCCACUGCCGGACAACGCGGAGAACAUGUACUACUUCUCCGAACUGGCCCUGACUCUCAACGAGCACGAGGAGGGGGUGGCGCCCACAGACAGCCGCCUGCGGCCGGACCAGCGGCUCAUGGAGAAGGGCCACUGGGACGAGGCCAACACGGAGAAGCAGCGGCUGGAGGAGAAGCAGCGCGUCAACCGGCGCCGGCGGCUGGAGGCCUGCAGCCGCGGCUGCGGGGUGGACGAAGAGAAGGAGGCCGAAGUGUAUGUGCCGCUGUGGUUCGAGAAGAAGCUGGACCCGCUGACCGGGGAGAUGGCCUGCGUGUACAAGGGAGGCUACUGGGAGGCCAAGGAAAAGCAGGACUGGCACAUGUGCCCCAACAUCUUCUGAGCACCACCCCCUCCUGCAAAUACAGGCGCCUGCACAGCCUGCUCCACCUCCUGUUUAAUGCACUCAAUUUAGUACUCAGUGGCCCUCCCAUCCCACCUUUCCCUUCUGUUUUUUAAUAACACUUUUUUGGGGCUCUCACCUUGGAAGGAGGAAGUGCUGACCCGGGUUCUCUCAAGCCCCCAGGUGCCCCGGGUCGCCCACCCCCCUUCAUCACUGACUGGGGCCCCCAGCUCCAGUUUCCACAACUCAGGCAGGCUGGUCCAGGCCCUGGGCUGCCUCAGUCGCCAGCCCCCCAGGGAGGAACCGGCCCCUCCCAGGGAGCCACUUCCGAGUUUUUUAGAAAAAGUUCUCUCCCAUUUCUUUUCAGCUGAGAUGUUUAGUAAAUGCUUUCAGUACAGCACUUGGUGGGCAACUUGCUAAGUGUGCUUUCUUGCCACACGAGUGUCCGGGCAAGAGCCCCUUCUCUCUAAGACAUCGGGAAGCCACGCCCUUUAGAGUCAGAGGCACCGUGCACCUCAAACAGAAAGGCCCUUUGUCUCCAAGCUGCCGGCCCCCCCGAAGCCCAGGACCCCCGAGAAAGGAACCAGGAGAGCACAAGUCUCUGGAGCUGCAGCCCCACCCACGGUUGAGAAGGGGCCCCGAGGGGCCGCCGUGUGGGUCUGAGGACCACCGCCCCUGUGGAGCCCCGGCCACCUGGGCUGCUCCCCAGCCCCGAGGGGCCCGGCGGGCCUGCAGGUGCUUCCGCCACAGAACCACGCCCAAGUCAGCAAUAAGAACCAAGCCUCGGCCCAGCCUGGGCUGGUGGCCUGGGCACCCGAGAACCCAGCGUCCCGCCUCUGGGGUACCCCAUCUCAGCACCCCUGAACUCUUUAUUUGCCUGAUUUAUAUAUAUGAGAUAUAAAUAUAUAUAAAAUAGCUAUUUUGCUUAAAUUUCUAUGGUAUGUAGAAGUGAAAAAAUGAUGAAGACAGGCUGCUCCUGUCUGAGUUUGGCCUUCCUCUCAGCGAUGCCCCAUCCUCUCCUCAAACCCCCUCCCAGUGGCUUCUGCCAACCGAGGGGGGUGAUGGGACUGGACCCCUGUGGCCACUGUCCCAGCCCCUCAGAACUCCUAUUUCAACCUCUCACUUUGGUUUGAUCCUGAAAAUUCAUCACAGGGUUUUACUUUCUACUCCAGCACUGGUUUUGUUUUUAUAAAAAUACAAAAGUGAAAACACCAACAUAUGAAAUGCCUUAGGGUGCCCACUGGAGGGUGGGCAGGCGGCCCCACACAGACUGUGGCAGAGCUGUUCAAUGUUCUUCUUUGCAGAACUGUUUGUGAGUGAGCACCUUCCAACCAGUAAUAAUAAAACCUUGGAUUUGGAGUUUUCCAUG